AGCUUAGUUAUUAUAUUAUCUAUAUUCUAUCAUGGUGAAACUCAAACUCUCUUGCCUCACCUCAUAUAUAGAAUAAUUGAAUAGAUCUUUAACUCCAUUGCUUCAUUACUUCAACCUCCACUCAAUUUUUCAAAACCCUAGCUAAAAAACACUACCAGUUUUCGAGUAAUAAUAAUUAAAAGAGGAGAAUAUUUUUUGGUUUUUUUUUUUUCUAUUGUUUUAGGGAGGGAAAGUGGAGAGCGAUAUGGAAUUCGACGAGCAAGAGGAGCAUGAGGAGGAGGAAAUGGUGAUGCCGGAGCCGGCGGCGGUAUCGGCGCCGCCGAGUUACGACUCGCUCGGGAACUCCGGGGCGAUGUCGAAACUUGGCGGCGGCGAGGGGCGGAAGACCGCGCUCGGCGCCGAGGCGGCGGCGGUGCGGUACCGAGAAUGCCAGAAGAACCACGCCGUGAGCUUCGGCGGCCACGCCGUCGACGGCUGCUGCGAGUUCAUGGCGGCCGGAGAGGACGGCACGCUGGAGGCCGUCAUCUGCGCUGCCUGCAACUGCCACCGGAAUUUCCACCGCAAGGAGAUCGACGGCGAGAUUACCUCCUUCCACUACCGUGCACAGCCUCCCCCGCCGCCGAUGCACCACCACCACCAAUUCUCCCCGUACUACCACCACCGCGUCCCGCAGCACCCCGCCGCCGCUGGCUACCUCCACCACCACCUCACACCUCCGAUGUCGCAGCACCGCCCGCUCGCCCUCCCGGCCGCAGCCUCCGGCGGCGGCCUAAGCCGCGAAGAAGAAGACAUGUCAAACCCUAGCAGCAGCGGCGGCGGUGGCGGCGGCGGUGGAUCCAAAAAACGGUUCCGAACGAAGUUCACGCAGGAACAAAAGGAUAAGAUGCUCGCAUUCGCGGAACAACUAGGGUGGAGAAUCCAGAAGCACGAUGAAUCUGCUGUGGAACAGUUCUGUGCUGAGACCAAUGUGAAGCGAAACGUUCUCAAAGUUUGGAUGCACAAUAACAAGAGCACUCUUGGUAAGAAACCCUAAUUUCGCCAAUUGUUGUUAUAAUAGUAUAAUUCUUUCUCUCGUUCUUUCCGUUCGGUGAGGAAAAAAAAUGUAAUUUGAAAUUUCAUUAAUGGAGAUCAAGCUAGGGUUCUCCCUUUCCUUAAUUUUAAUUUCUAGUGUUGGCAAGGGAUGAUGAUUAAAGUGCAUGAUUUGGUUAACAUGUACUAUUAUUGUACAUUAAUUGCGAAUGAAUUCUCGGUGAUUAGUUUGUCUGUAAAGAGAUCGAGACCAAAUAAAGACAAGGUAACGAAGUUGAUUAAA